AUGGCAGACUCGUAUGUUGAGAGGCUCUUCUCCCUCAAGGGCCGCACGGCCGCCGUCACAGGGGGCACCCGGGGUAUCGGAGCAGCAAUGGCAAUUGCUCUGGCUGAGGCUGGAGCAGACAUUGUACUUUUACAACGAGACGACAAGAAUACUGCAACCAAAUCCAAGAUCGAAGAGCUCGGGAGGAAAGCCACCAUCGUGACUGCCGACUUGUCCUCAAACGAAGAAGUUGCCGGCCUCGCACAACGCGUUCUCUCGGACAAUCACGACGUCGAUAUCCUCGUGACGUGCGCUGGCAUUCAGAGAAGGCAUCCGAGCCACAUCUUUCCCACGAGCGAUUGGGACGAGGUCCUGCAAGUCAAUCUUUCGACCGUCUUCACGCUCUGUCGAGACUUUGGACGCCACAUGCUGACGCGAGAGCCCGACUCGCAAGGGCACCGCGGCAGCAUCAUCAAUGUAGCGUCAUUGGUGUCGUUCCAGGGCGGCAUCACCGUACCAGCCUACGCAGCGGCGAAGGGCGGAGUGGCGCAAUUGACGAAAGCUUUGUCGAAUGAGUGGGCAUCCAAAGGCAUCAAUGUAAAUGCCAUUGCUCCCGGUUAUGUCGCCACAGACAUGAACGAGGCCCUGAUGAACGACAAGGAACGCGCAGCCAGCAUUCUAGCGAGGAUACCUGCGGGGAGAUGGGGUCUCCCGGAUGAUUUCAAGGGCGCGACCGUCUUCCUGGCAAGCGCGGCCAGUCUGUACGUGUCUGGACAGAUUCUUACUGUCGACGGUGGCUGGAUGGGAAGGUAG